AUGGCCACUUGCUUAGCAUCGUGCGAGGCCUGCAGGAGAUGUCCAAGUAAUGUUGACCAAAGAAACUGGCAAGUACGGAAUGAAUAUGACAUCGUCCGCAAGCAUUUACUAAACACCAAAGGCUCAGGUACUUACAUGUGCUCAUCCACCUUGCUCCACACGCCGCCCUGGUUCUUCAUGAGACCCGUGUCUGGGGAUGGAGUGCUGCUCUGUCAGACCAGCUUCCAUGAGCAAGAGACACGCAACUCCAUGGAAGCAGAGUCCUGGAGGCUGGGGAAUGCGGCCGCCCCUGGCCGAGCUGCUGGCGAUUCCGAUCGCUCCCUGGGUCGCCGGGAUCCCCGAGCACCUGCCGCUGCUCUCAUCCCGGGGCGCUCCCGCGGGCUAGGGGCGCGGGCUCGCGGCGGGCGGGGCGCCGAUUGCGGGGCGCGCCGGGGCGAGGCGCCCUCCCCACCUGCGAGGUGGCAGCCGCGGCACCCCGCCCGCGCCCGGACCGGCGCGCCGCCAGGGCUGGGGAGGGCGGCGCCGAGGGCGGUGGGCCCGGCGCGGGGCAGGGCCGGGCCUGGGCUGCGCGUCGCGGUCCGCUGGGGCUGCUCCGGGCCGGCCGCUCUCCGAGGAGCACACACCGUCUCGCUCCGAAGAUCUGCGGCGCGGCAGGCGCCGCCCGGAGCUCUGGCCAUGAGGAACCCUGUGGAUGCGCUGUGCGCGCUGGCGCGGCUGUGGCCGGGGACCCUGGCCGGCUGCGCCGAGGCGGGGCGCUGCUGCCCGGGCCGGGACGCCGCCUGCUUCGUGCGUGGCUGGAGGUUGGACAGGGUUUACGGGACGUGCUUCUGCGACCAAGCCUGCCGCCUCACGGGGGACUGCUGCUUCGACUACGCCAGGGCGUGCCCAGCUCGCCCUUGCAUCGUGGGGGAGUGGAGCCCCUGGAGCGGCUGCGGGGACCAGUGCAAGCCGGCGGCCCGCGUGCGGAGGCGCCCGGUGCGGCAGGAGCCUCGGAACGGCGGCGCGCCCUGCCCGCCCCUGGAAGAGACAGCCGGCUGCCUGGACUACUCGACGCCCCGGGGCCAGGACUGCGGGCACUCCUUCGUCCCUGCCUUCAUAACUACCUCUGCAUUCAACAAGGAGAGAACACGACAAUCCACAUCUCCACAGUGGUCUACAGACACAGAGGACAGCGGAUACUGUAUGGAGUUCAAGACUGAGUCAUUGACUCAUCACUGUGCUCUGGAAAACCGACCCCUGACUCGAUGGAUGCAGUAUCUCCGGGAGGGGUACACGGUGUGUGUGGACUGCCAACCCCCAGCUAUGAACUCUGUGAGCCUUCGCUGUUCUGGAGAUGGCCUGGACUCGGAUGGAAAUCAAACUCUCCACUGGCAAGCAAUUGGCAAUCCUCGAUGUCAAGGAACUUGGAAAAAAGUUCGGCGAGUAGAUCAGUGCUCUUGUCCAGCUGUUCACAGCUUUAUUUUUAUAUAG